AUGGCAGAACAGCAUGGAGGGCCGGAACAGGCAGCAGCUGGCAAGAGUCAUGGAGGCCUCGGGGGCACAUACAAGGUGGUCGUGUAUGAACUAGAGAACUUCCAAGGCAAGCGAUGCGAGCUCUCAGCCGAGUGCCCCAACCUAACUGACAGCCUGUUGGAGAAGGUGGGCUCCAUCCAAGUGGAGUCCGGGCCGUGGCUGGCAUUUGAGCGCAGGGCCUUCCGUGGAGAGCAGUUUGUCCUGGAGAAGGGGGAUUACCCUCGCUGGGAUGCCUGGUCCAACAGCCACAACAGUGACAGCCUCCUGUCCCUCCGGCCUCUGCCCGUUGACGGUCCAGAUCACAAGCUGCAUCUUUUUGAGAACCCAGCUUUCAGCGGCCGCAAGAUGGAGAUAGUGGACGAUGAUGUGCCCAGCCUGUGGGCUCAUGGCUUCCAGGACCGUGUGGCGAGUGUCCGUGCCAUCAACGGGACGUGGGUCGGCUAUGAGUUCCCCGGCUACCGCGGGCGCCAGUACGUGUUUGAGCAGGGCGAGUACCGCCACUGGAACGAGUGGGACGCCAACCAGCCGCAGCUGCAGUCUGUGCGCCGCAUCCGCGACCAGAAGUGGCACAAGCGGGGCUGCUUCCUCAGCAGCUGAAGGGCACCUCGACCUCUGUGGCCUCGGCCUGCCCUGGGGGGCAGCAAGGGCAAGAAGAGGAGGCUCCAGGGCUGGGGCAAGGGGCUGCCUGUCUACCCUUCCUCGGAAUCUGCUCAAUAAAGCCUGGGGUCGGUCCCCCACCUGCCA